UUCUACAGCGCCUCCGGCAUGCCCACCAAGCACCUGUCGGACAGCGUCUGCGCCGUCUGCGGGCAGCCGAUCUUCGUGGACGUGAGCGAGGAGGGGAUCAUCGAGAACACCUACCGGCUCUCCUGCAACCACGUCUUUCACGAGUUCUGCAUCCGGGGCUGGUGCAUCGUGGGCAAGAAGCAGACCUGUCCGUACUGCAAGGAGAAGGUGGACCUCAAGCGGAUGUUCAGCAAUCCCUGGGAGAGGCCGCACGUGAUGUACGGACAGCUGCUGGACUGGCUGCGCUACCUGGUGGCCUGGCAGCCGGUCAUCAUCGGACUAGUGCAAGGGAUUAACUAUAUCCUGGGCCUGGAAUAA